AGGGCGGAGGGAGGGGAGGAAGCAAACGGGAGGGGGAUGUGGUACUGCUGCGGCCGCCACCGCAGCUGCCGCUGCCUGCUCGUGGCCGCGUCUUCCCGGAGGCGGCUACUGGAAGCGGCCGAGAGCAGCUGUGGUGCUCUGCCAUAUUGUGUCUUCCCCUACCCAUCCCUCGCCCCUCCGCUGCGGCGGCCGAGCUGACGCGACAUGGCGAACUAAGCACCUGGACCAGCCUUUCUGCUGAAAACAACCUAAAAUGCUGGAUCAAAUGCAUUAGUGCUCAGGCACAAAAGUAAAGACUAUUUAAACCGAACAUGAAUUGGAAACCCAGUGAGAACUGUAAGAGUAAAUGGGUCCAGUAAUUGGAAUGACUCCAGAAAAGAGAGCUGAAACUCCAGGAGCUGAAAAGGUUGCAGGAUUAAGCCAGAUUUACAAAAUGGGAAGCUUGCCUGAAGCUGUUGAUGCUGCCAGGCCAAAGGCCACUCUAGUGGACAAUGAGUCAGCAGAUGAUGAACUCACAAACUUGAACUGGCUUCACGAAAGUACUAAUCUCCUAACAAACUUCAGCUUUGGAAGUGAAGGUCUUCCAAUUGUUAGUCCAUUGUAUGACAUAGAAGGAGAUGAUGUGCCAUCCUUUGGACCAUCGUGCUAUCAGAACCAAGAAAAAAAAUCAGCAACUUCAAAGCCCCCAUACUCCUUUAGUCUUCUCAUUUAUAUGGCUAUUGAACACUCUCCAAAUAAGUGUUUGCCAGUCAAAGAAAUUUAUAGCUGGAUUCUGAACCGCUUCCCAUAUUUUGCAACUGCACCAACUGGCUGGAAGAAUUCUGUUCGACAUAAUCUGUCCCUGAAUAAAUGUUUUCAGAAAGUGGAAAGAAGCCAUGGCAAGGUUAAUGGAAAAGGUUCCUUAUGGUGUGUUGAUCCAGAAUAUAAACCCAACCUUAUGCAGGCACUGAAGAAGCAACCUUUCUCCUCAAAGUCCACAUUUUACAGCCCUCCUGCAUCACCACAAAGUGGUUCUUUAUCACCUCACUACUUAAGCUCUGUAUUCAAGCAGAGCCAGGUGCGAACUCUCAAAGAAUCUGAUAUUGAUGCUGCCACUGCAAUGAUGCUUUUAAAUACUUCUAUAGAACAAGGAAUUUUGGAAUGUGAGAAGCCUCUGCCUCUUAAAACAACAAUGCAAAAAAAGAGGAGUUAUAGCAGUGCAUUUAAUCAUUCCAGUGCUAUGCGAUUACAUGAGAGUGAUUCUUUAGCCACCAGCACUGAUCCAAAAGAAGACCACAACUACAGUGCAAGUAGCUUGGCAGCACAGCGCUGUGCGUCCAGGUCUAGUGUGUCUUCUCUGUCUUCUGUGGAUGAGGUGUAUGAAUUCAUCCCAAAGAGUAGCCACGUAGGAAGUGAUGGCAGUGAAGGAUUUCGCAGUGAAGAAGACACAGACGUUGAUUAUGAAGAUGAUCCACUUGGAGACAGUGGCUAUGCAUCGCAGGCUUGUGCAGAUACCACUGAAAAGGGGCAGCCAGACAAAAAGAUGCGAAAACAGGCGUGUCAAGAAAUUGAUGAGGAGCUCAAAGAGGCAGCUGGAUCUCUGCUCCACCUUGCUGGUAUUCGUACAUGUCUAGGUUCCCUAAUAAGUACUGCCAAGACACAGAAUCAAAAGCAGCGGAAAAAAUAGAAAUACUUACUAGUGUGAAAUUGUUUUUAAAUGUGGCAAUACUCUUCUACUUAAUUCUUUACAAGGGAUAUCAAAGCCAUAAUGGACUACUUUUGUUUUAGGGUGGGGGAGGGGUGCUAAUUACUUGUUUAUUUCAAAAUAUUUUUGUUUUUUGAAUUUUUAUUAAAUAAUUGCUGUUAGGAUCAUGCCCAAUCAUCAAUAUGAUGUGAAAUCCUAAAAGCAUAAUUUUUGUGAUAAGUGUCUCCAAGAUUGGAAAUUUUAUGUUAAAAAAAAAAAAAAAGUCCCAAGCCUCUGUCUUAAAUUUGUAGGGAAGUCUUUUGUUCUGUUAAUAUGUCCAAGUGUAAGAACUGGCAACUCUUAACUUUUUUUUCAUUUUCUUUUCCUAUCUGUAAUUAACUGUAGUUGCUGAUCCAGCUAGAAAUUUUGCUGCUUUCUUUCUCCCAUACUCUGCUCUUGACACAUGUAAUCCAGUAGGAUGAUAUUUGAAUAUUUUAUUUUGUCUUAAUUUUUGUUUUUAAUUAUUUUUUGUUGACACAUGAACAAAGUUGAAUGUAAGUUGGAAAAGAUCCUAAAUGUCCAGAAAGUUCCUUUUGCAUACAUCAGCAAAGAGAUAGCAAAAAGUUCUAAGAUUUAGAAAAGGCAAUUUUGUGAUGUAAUUUCAUCUAAGAACUUCAAUUCCUGUUAGAAUAUUAUUUUUUCAAAUUUUUUAACUUUCCAGAUAU